UUCGCUAUCUAGUCAAAAUUACCACAGAAAAAAAAGCUUACAAAUUUCCCAACCCCCCUAUAAAGCGCCGAAACCGUUGUCUUCCAAGUUGGGCUCCUCUAAAACCCUAGAGAAAACCCUAGAAAAGUUCGGCCAUGUCGAAGAACAGGAGCAUGUCACCGGCUGUCGGUUCCGACGAACAGCCGCAGAAGGAUGUUGCUGACUUUAUGAUCAAGCCUAACAGUUAUACUCCUCCGGUGGACACAUCUCAAUGGCCUAUUCUUCUGAAAAACUAUGACCGUCUUAAUGUACGUACUGGACACUACACUCCUCUGCCGUCUGGUUUCUUGCCUCUCAAACGGCCUUUGGCUGAGUAUAUCAGAUAUGGUAUUCUCAAUCUUGAUAAACCAGCGAAUCCUUCGUCGCACGAAGUUGUGGCUUGGAUUAAGCGGAUUCUUCGGGUUGAUAAAACGGGUCAUAGUGGUACUCUCGACCCGAAGGUAACUGGGAACCUGAUUGUGUGCAUUGAUCGAGCCACGCGGCUUGUGAAAUCGCAACAGGGUGCGGGUAAAGAGUACGUGUGUGUUGCUCGGUUGCAUUCUGCUGUGCCCGAUGUUUCUAAGGUUGCUCGGGCUCUGGAGACGCUCACUGGGGCUGUGUUUCAGAGGCCGCCAUUGAUAUCUGCUGUGAAAAGGCAGCUUAGGAUUAGAACUAUAUAUGAAAGCAAGCUUCUUGAGUAUGAUGUCGACAAACAUUUGGUUGUGUUUUGGAUUUCUUGUGAAGCGGGAACUUAUGUUAGGACGUUAUGUGUACUGGGUUUGAUUCUUGGCGUUGGAGGGCAUAUGCAGGAACUUAGGAGGGUGAGAUCUGGAAUUUUGGGUGAGAAGGAUAACAUGGUUACAAUGCAUGAUGUGAUGGAUGCUCAAUGGGUUUAUGAUAAUUUCAAGGAUGAAAGCUAUCUGAGGAGGGUAAUUAUGCCUCUUGAGGUGGUUUUGACGAGCUAUAAAAGAUUGGUUGUCAAGGAUUCUGCUGUUAAUGCUAUUUGUUAUGGUGCGAAGUUGAUGAUUCCAGGGUUGUUGAGAUUCGAAAACGAUAUUGGAGUUGGGGAAGAAGUUGUACUUAUGACCACCAAAGGCGAAGCCAUUGCUCUUGGUAUUGCAGAGAUGACUACUGCAGUGAUGGCAACUUGUGACCAUGGUGUUGUUGCAAAGAUCAAAAGGGUUGUGAUGGAUCGAGAUACUUACCCAAGGAAGUGGGGACUAGGUCAUCCAGGGCAUCAAUGAAGAAAAAACUUAUUGCGGGAAGGGAAGUUGGACAAGCAUGGGAAGCCAAAUGCGAACACUCCUCAGGAAUGGCUGAGGAAUUUGGUUUUACCCACUGGUGGGGACUCUUUGGUUGCGAGCAUUCUCGCUACCGAUACCGCAACUGCUAAGCCUACUACUGCAGAAGAGACAGGAAAAGAUGACGGAGGGCGGAAGCGAAAACUAGAUGAAGAAACUGAAGCUGCUCCAGGUAAGAAACUGAAGGCUGAAAAGGCUGAAGAAGUUGAAGAAGAAGUCGGGAAGAAAGAAAAGAAGAAGAAGAAGAAGAAAGACAAAGAGAAGGGUACUGCAGAAGAACCUUCCGAUGAGGAGAAUGUUGAAAAUUCAGAGAAGAAAAAGAAGAAGAAGGAUAAAGAAGCUAAAGAAGCUAAAGAAGCAGGUACACCUGAGACACAAAAGUCCAAGAAGAAAAAGAAAAAGAAAGAUAACGAGUCUGGAAAUGACGAUUCUCAAUUACAUGCUGCUGAUGUUCAAAAUGGUGAAGCAGAUGGUCAUGUUGAUGGAAGUGAGAAGAAAAAGAAGAAGAAGGAUAAAGAAGCUAAAGAAGCUAAAGAAGCAGGUACACCUGAGACACAAAAGUCCAAGAAGAAAAAGAAAAAGAAAGAUAACGAGUCUGGAAAUGACGAUUCUCAAUUACAUGCUGCUGAUGUUCAAAAUGGUGAAGCAGAUGGUCAUGUUGAUGGAAGUGAGAAGAAAAAGAAGAAGAAAAAGAAGAAUAAAGAAGAUGCAGAAGAAUAAGAUGAAGGGAUCAGAUUCUACUUUAUAUUUGGGCUGCUCGAUUCUCCAAAUCUCCCUUCCUAUGCCUUCUUGGAUUUAUUUCAUCUUUUGCUAGCUGAUGAUGUUGGUGAUGAUAUUUUAAAACUAGCAAAUGUUGGAUUAUCAAAAAGCUGGAGGCUGGAAGAGCAGGAAUGGCUAUAUACAUCUAUGACCGCAAGAAAAUCAAUGUUGUUUUUGUUUGUAUAUUUUAUGAUGUGAAAUCAAGGUGGCACUUACUGGUUUGCUUAUUCCCAAAUAUGGGUUUUGGUAAUUUUGUUGGUUUUUAGUACAUCUAGAUUUAGAUUUUACGCUUCAAGUUUUCCGAUAUUAUAUUUGUUUUCUGCAAACAAUUUAAUUUUUCAUGGCCGAUCAAAGAUUCGAUGAAGGGUCUUGAAGAAUUGCAUGUUCUUGUUCGACCAGAUGAUAUUUUGCCUCUAUGAUUAAGUGCUAAAUCUGAGCUAUAUCAUAAUGUCAGGCGAACUUAACACAAUUGCUUUGCUUACAAUUUUAACCAUAUAAAUAUCAUGAAAUCUAUUAUUGUUCUUAUUCUUAUUAUCGAGGAAUUGCAAUAAAACAAAGAAGACCUCACAAUCCAUGAUCAAGGGCAGUGGUAGCGAGAUUGAAAGCGAGUGUAACAUGAGUAUCAACAGCAACAUUUUUACUAGAUAUGUUAUAAUGAGACAGUGAUCGAGAGUGAGAGCGAUUGUGCGAAUUAUAUGACCGAGAGAAGCGAGGGCGUGAGUUUAUAGAGAUUUGUAUAAGUUAUAAUGAGAACAAUCAAUAGUGAGAUCGGGAUCGGGAUCGGGAUCGGGAUCGGGAUUUGGAGUUUCGAGAGAUUUGUACCAGUAAGCUAUAAUGAGACAGUGGAUGUGAGGAGGUAAUUAUCUCUCCAAUCCCAGCAGCACAAUUGAAACCUGGAGAAAAGCUGGUAAGUGUUUUUAUUAUUAUUUGUUAUUUUUUUUAAUCUCUGAAUGUCUUUGCUCAGUCAAGAAUUAUGAGACAUAUGUCUAGGGUCAUUUUUCUGUAAUUAUGGCAUUGGAAGGCAUGCCAAGCAUAUUGUGGCUAAGAUGCAAUUGUCAGAUUUUCAUACUUCACUUUACAAAGAUAAUUGCAAUCUAUUUAUGAACGUCUUAGGGAUUGAGUUCUAUAAUCACUACUUUUUAGAAUUUUUGUUGUUUCUGUCUUCCCCUAUUUUAGAUAUAAUGUUCUCACGAUGCAGUGAUUUUUCUUUAAUUAAUAACAUCGUGAUACCAUUUUCCCAUGAUUGGCUUUCUGUAUAUUUUUCUGAAAGAAAUGGUAUUUACUAAUGCUAGACAAGAUUUAUCAAACUUCUUAAGUACUGGGAAUAAGUUCCUAUAUUCAUAUUCACUGUUCUUUAGAUAUUCUUAUUCACGGUUCUUUAGAUAUUGUUCUAUAUUAUGAUCUGUUAAGAUAUGUAAUAUUGAAGGCAUUUAAAAAAUGAGAUUGUAUGAGAUUUUUUGUGGACUAUGAAAUAUGGACUGCUAUACUAUUCUUUAUACACUCUUGUUUCUUUUAGCUUUACUUGUUUGAGUUACCACAUUUUAAGUUUUUGAUUCUGCAUGUGUUCUAAAAUUACUCACAUCUUAUAAUGCCUUUAUUUUUCAUUUGCUAUUAGAUUGAAAUAAAGGAGUUGGAUGAUUUUGCUCAAGCUGCUUUUUGUGGAUUCAAAUCAAAUAUUUGAAUCGUAUACAGAGUCACAUUUUUUACUGUUUAUAACACCAAUGAGAAUGUACCAGUGAGUUAUCUCCUUUCUACUCGUGGAAAGCUGACAUCUUUAAAUUGUACAUAUUAUCUUUCUUGUUCCCGCUAUAUGAUUAUUUUUUUUAGGUCGGUGCUCCAACAGGGACUGGGAAAACUAAUAUAGCCAUGAUCUCCAUUCUCCAUGAGGUUUGUACUUAUCUGGUUGUAACAGAAAGGCUUUGCUCCUUUGUUUGGAUAUAAUAUUUUGGUCAUUAAUUCAUUUAUGGGGAGUAACACCCAUGGGCCAUAGGCUCGUAGCACGGGCCUUUCUGACACGGUAUAUGCCUUUACUGAGGUGAUAGAAAUUGGAGAGUUGCAACUUGCAUCUACCCUGAUAUGGUCAUCUUUGAGUUAUAUGAUGUGUUCUUGUAAUUUAUUAUUAUUGUUACUUGAUCAUACAGCUAACAGAACUGGAGGACAGCUAUUUAGAAUAAUUUUUUGCUGAUAGCGGUUUAAAUGAUAUUUUCAUGCUUUUGGGUUAUGUUAGUCCUUUCCGGUUGGGUACAUUUUCCAACCAAAAUUUAGAGAAUUAUAUGAUGAGUAGCAUUUUGGCCGUGCUAUGCACAGAAAGAUAUUUCUUAAAUUCAUGUGGAUUGAAUGCAUUAGGGUUUUGUUUUGAGUUCCAGAUUUCACAGCAUUUCAAGGAUGGAUAUUUGCAUAAAGAUGAAUUUAAGUUAGUUCAUGUUUCUCCUAUGAAGGUAAGUAGCUUUCAAUUCGUUUUUUUAAUUUUCUGGUGCGGGUGUUGGCAUGACGGCUUCUUUUUUUGGCUGGUACUGUACAUCCUAGGCAUUGGCUGCAAAGGUCACAACUACUUUUAGCCAUCGUUUAUCACCCUUGAAUGUCAUUGUAAGAGAACUAACUUGAGACAUGCGACUUUCAAAGAAUGAACUUUAAGAAACUCAGGUUGCUUGACUAAAUUAUUCGUCAUAAUUUUUCUUCUCAGUUGUUAAAAGUAACCAAGGUUGUUUCUACUUUUCAAUUGACAUAAGAUGAUAGUGAACACCUGAGAAAUGGAUCUUAUUCAGGUGAGACCUUGAUUAUGAUGAGUAAAAAUCAUCACUGUUUGCUUAGUCAGCUGGGUUUUUUUAGACUUUAAAAGCUCAUUGCGCUUGAAUGUUGCUUCCUAUACAAGUUUCCUGAUGUGAACUUGGUACUUUGGUCUUAAAUUGUUGCUUUCCUUUUGAGUUCGGGGAAUGACUGUUAUCUGAAUUUGUUUUGUAGGGUUUGAGUUUGCAGUUUCAGAUAAGCGUCCAAGACAAAUUCUUAAUAUGGCCGAAGAAGAGCUCCAGAUGAUCCUUUGUCAAGUUAUUGAUCAAAACCUCCGGCACACAUUGCAGUUUGGCAUCGGGCUACACCAUGCAGGUGUAAAUGAUGGGAUAGGUCUAUGGUUAAGGAACUGUUUGCAAACAACAAAAUUCAGGUAUUUCUGUUACCCAAUUGAUCUAUCUAUUCUACCAGAAAAAGUCCAGAUUCAAUGAAAUAAACUUUUCUAUUUAUAUUUUACUAAUUUUGCUUUCAAACUAUCUAAUGGUAGAUAUUGGUUUGUACUAGCACAUUUACAUGGGGUGUGAACCUUCCUGCUCAUCUAGUUAUGUUCCACUCUAUAGAAACAAACAUGAAUUGACUUAAUAUCCAAAGGAAAUCAAGUGAGAAAAUUAUCUAAUCAAAUAUCUCUGAAGUUUUGGAUGCAAGAAAUUAUUUAGAAUACUUGUUAGAAAAAGUAUAAUUCUGGGGGUAUUUUUAGUAGUCAGAUUGAGAGAGGCAAGAAGAACCUGACUAAGGGAUUUAAGUUGGGAAUGGUUAGAGUUCAUAUUACGCAUUUGCAAUGUGCAGAUUUGAUUUUUUCUGUUCUAUCAGGAAGAUUCUGUUAUCACUCUAAACAAUACGCCAUCCACAUGUAAGAAAACUUCCAGUCUCAAGAUCAACACAGCCGGCAUUGAUUAUUUUGAGGAGACAUUUUAAGAUGAGAUAAUUACAUGAGUUGCUUGUUGAUGUAUCUUCCUCUAUGGAUGGAAAAUUACAUGGCUGCCUUUAACAUCCUUUGUUUUCUUGAUAGGAAAAAAAAAACACCAUAUAUUCAUAAAAAAGGAGAAGAUUAAAGCCUAAAGGCCUUAGGGAUGACGGGCCCCCAAGCCUAAAUCAAAGAGUUAACAACAAAAGCCUCCAAUCUAAAUGAUCAUAUAGCACUGUCUUACAGAAAGAAUUGUGUAUAUUUUCAUAAAAGAAAAUCACUAGAGGCUUUAUCUGAAAACAAACUCCUAUUCCUUUUUUUCCAAAGUCACCACAUGAGGGCUCUGCUCGUGUUGAUCUACAAAAUCCUAGCCUUGUCCUUAAACCACAAUCCAAAUAACAAUUCAACCUGCCCAUCUUUGGUGGAAUAAGAUGUUGAAUCGUUGAUAUUUCAGUGGACUCGAAGAAACAGAAAAGAAGACUGGCAUUAUUUAAUUACAUCGAUUUUUUUCAGAGAGGAUUUUUCCUUAAAUGAACACUUUAUUGUGCAAGUAUUGUAUUAAGUUUGUCUAAUUUGUAGUGGAUAUAAUUAUUAGUUGUC